AUGAAUUAUCAGCCCUCAGACUACCUUGCCGACCUAAAUCUAGAGUUCGAGCUGCCUGCUUUGGAAGAGCAAUCCUCAGGAUCCCUCCCUGAUUUGGACGUAUUCUCCCACACCGACUUCUUUGAUUUAGACGUAUUCUCGUCUGACCAUGUGGCGCCUUCCAAGCAACAGCAACAGCAGCAAACCCAGCAAAGAGUGGAGCUUCCUUCGCAAAGAGCUCCUUUGCCUCAGAUCAAGGAGGAGGAGGAGGUCGAGAGCCCUUUGAAGCAGCAUCUGUUUUCUCAUGUGACCCCUCUGCCCCAGUACCAGCUGCAUCUGCCAGUGGAGUACCAGAGCCAGCACCAGCAGCUUUCCGUCGAGGAGCUUAAGAGAAAAAAAAAUACGGCGGCGUCGGCAAGAUUCAGAGUGAAGAAGAAGUUGAAGGAGAAGCAGAUGGAGGAGAGAGCACGCGAGCUCCAGGACAAGUUGAGCCUGCUUGAGAAGAAGGUUAAGACGCUUGAGAUGGAGAACAAGUGCUUGAAGCUGUUGAUCAUGGAGAAGAACGAGAAGAGAAACCUGGACUUGUUGGAACAGAUCAAGAAGAGAUCGCUCGAGUCGCCAGCUUACUCAUUCACGUAA